UUGUGAUUUGUGUGCAAUGGCAGGUUCAUCAGGAAUAGUUGAAGGUGCAUUAGUCAAUCUGGACGAAAUUCAAAGGGUAUACAACAGUUUAGUGGCCAGAGAGGAUGAAAUAAACAAUGGACUGGAGACACUCCUUUCAAGACAGUGCCACUUGGAAGCAAAACUGCGUGGCAUUACUAAGGUGUUACCAAACCUGCAGAUUGUGCACUCUGAUGCUCGGCAACUUGCUGAAAUGAUAACAUUUACUUCCACUCUGGCAGAAAAUGUUAGUGCAAAAGUACGCCAGCUUGACAUUGCUAGGGGAAGGGUGUCUGAGUGUCAGCAAAGGGUUCAUGACUUACUGGAUCUUCAGUUAUGUAGCAAUGGUGUACAGACUGCUCUUCGGAAUGAAGAUUUUGAAAAAGCAGCUGCCCAUGUCCAUCGCUUUCUUUCCAUGGACCAGCAUCUUCUGAAACAGACUGCUGAUGACGUAGCUGAGGAUUGCACAAGUGUCACAAACUCAUUUUCUUUACUGCAUGAAGCAGCCGCCCAGCUGGGUGCUAUUGUCACACAGAAGUUUGAUGAAGCAGUACGUUCUGAAGAUUUGGCAUCAGUGGAGAGGUUUUUUAAAAUAUUCCCACUACUUGGGAUGAAGGAUGAGGGCCUGAUUAAGUUUUCACUGUACCUUUGUUCAAAGCUGCAGGAGAUGGCCCUCAAAAACCUGCGAGCUGCGCUUGAGACAAAUCCUUCUGACAAGCGAGCAGAUGUUAUUUAUGCAGAUACUCUGACACUCUUAUUUGAGGGAAUUGCUCGAGUUAUUGAGAUACAUCAACCCUUGAUAGAAACUUACUAUGGUCCAGGUCGACUGUUAAUGGUAGCUUCAUAUCUUCAGAGAGAAUGUGAUCGCCAGAGCUCGCGAAUACUUGCUGAGUUUAGCAAGUAUCGGAAUUUGGAAAAGAUUGUACAGCAAGUUAAUGAAUAUGUGCGUAGCAGUAAUUCAUAUAGCAAGCCAACAGACAAACUGGAUCCUAAGAAACUGGACCUGUUGCUUGGAGAGCUUACUAUCAUGCAUUCGCGUGCGGAGCUGUAUGUGCGCUUUGUUAGAAGAAGAGCUAUGAAUGACUUGGAAGUUGGUAUAUCUGACAUUCCUAGUCGGUCUGCAUCGAUAUCUGAGUUAGAAGCCAUGCUUAAUGGUAGUGAGCUGUGUCAUCGAAUGCAGGAAUUGUUAGGCAAUUAUCUGCUACUGGAACGGUAUUUUAUGGAGGAGAGUGUGAAGAAGGCUGUGGCAAUGGAUGCCAUGGAAGAGGGCUCUCACACAUCCAGUAUGGUGGAUGAUGUCUUCUUCAUUGUCCGGAAGUGCAUACGUCGUGCUAGCACCAGUUCUAGCCUAGAUGGGGUGUGUGCUGUUAUCAAUAAUGCUUGUGCUCUGCUAGAGACUGAUUUCUGUGAAGUACUGAAACAGCAGCUGCGGCAGGGCUAUCCAUCUGGCUACCUGGACCUAACACAAGCAUACAAUGUGCUGCACACCUCCAUACAGCAGGGACGCCUUCAGACAUCAGAUUCAGAACAAGCACGCCUUAUGUUCCUUGCUUACUUGAACAAUGCUGAUGUGAGCACAGAAUACACUGACACAUUGCGAAGAAGCCUGGCGGAUGAAGUCCCUUCUGUGUUGACAGCCAUGUCAGAAAAUGAAAAAGUUAAGUUGGAAAGCUGUUUAUCUGGUUUGGGCUCUGUAGCAGCCAGUUUGAAGGCUGUUAUUGACUAUGGGAUGCAGCAGCUCAGAGUGAGUGCCAUCAAACCUCGAGUGAAUCCAUGGGUGGACGCUUUCCUCUCUGUCAAUCAUCAACUUUCAGAGGAGGACUUUGCCAGUUAUGAAGCAAAUGAGCCAUUUAUUCAGAACCUGAUAAUGAACUUGGAGGGACUGUUGGGGCUGUUCAGGGGCUCUCUCACCACAAGCAACUAUGAUACUUUGGUUAGCAUCCUAGCAACUGAGGUCACCACUCAAAUGGAAAAAGUUGUGAUCAAGUCUACUUUCAACAGGUUGGGAGGACUAGUGUUUGACAAAGAAGUACGAGCUCUGGUGAGUUACCUGACCAGCACCACGUCAUGGUCCAUUCGUGACAAAUUUGCCCGCCUGACACAGAUGGCAACUAUACUUAACCUGGAGAGAGUGACUGAGAUUUCAGACUACUGGGGAAGUAAUUCUGGUUCUCUUACUUGGAGACUGACCCCUACAGAAGUCCGUCAGAUCAUGGCCUUUAGGACUGACUUUCGAAGCGAUGACAUCAAACGACUGAAACUGUGAAGCAGUGAUGUACAAAACAUGUCCCAAACUUUGAAGAAUCUGCCUUUGUCAGCCUGCUGUUUCUAAUGUGAAUUCCCAUGUGGUGCUUGGAAAGCAUAUUUUAGCUUCACAGC